AAAAAAGCUAACAUGAGAAAUGCUGUAAAUGGCACAGGAAGAGGGAUUCUAGGAGUAAACAUUCCAGGAUGUCCAGAGACAUAUCACCCUGAGCAACAAUCUCCAUCGGGACGUAGAAUGGGAACCGGAGGAAGAGAAGACCGCCACCAGAAAUUACAUAGGGUGGUUACCGGAGAUGUCAUUGCCAUACCACAUGGCUCAGCUCAUUGGUGCUACAAUGAUGGAAAUGAGGAUCUGGUCGCCGUCUACGUUGUUGAUCUUAACAACAACAAUAACCAGCUCGACCAAAACUUGAGGGGAUUUAUGCUGGCAGGGGGCCAAUCCAGGCAAGGGCGGGAGAGAGGAUCUCGAAGGUCUCACAGUGUUGAGGACACGUUCCAGAAUGUUUUCAGUGCGAUGGACGAGCAACUGUUGGCGGAGUCCUUCAACGUUCCGACGGAACUUGCAAGGAAAGUGCAGCAAGUGAAUGGGAGGGGAACAAUCGUAAAGUGUGACCCGCAAAUGCGAAUCCUUAGUCCCUCUGAUGAGGAAGGAGAAGAGUACAGGCACGGCAUGAACAUGGAGGAGGAGAAUGGGAUUGAAGAAACCAUGUGCACCAUGCAUAUCAAACACAACACUGACUUCAGAAGAGAAGCUGAUCUUCAUACUACGCAGGCUGGAAGAAUCAACCUCGUCGCCGCAGAGAAGCUACCUAUCCUUCAACUCCUGGAAAUGAGCGCUGAGCGAGGCCACUUAAUGCCUAACGCAAUGCACUCGCCACACUGGUCGAUGACAGACCAGAGGGUGGUGUAUGGUCUUCAGGGCGAAGUGCAUAUACAAGUAGUGGAUGAAACUGGAAAUACAGUAAUGGAUGAAAUGGUUAGAGAAGGUGAUUUGUUUGUGAUCCCUCAAUUUUAUGCAUGCGUUGCAAGAGCAGGAAACAAUGGAUUCGAGUAUGUUGCUUUCAAAACAAGUGGGGAACCAAUGAAGAGCCCCAUGGCUGGUUACACUUCAGUGAUGAGGGCCAUGCCCUUCGACGUCGUCGCCAAUUCCUACAGCGACAUGUCUCCUGAGGAAGCUUUACAAGUGAAAAUGAGUAGGGAUCCAGAGUCCAUGCUGUUUUCACCCACCAGGAGGUCCAUCGACUGAUCUUAAUAGAGUUUUCUUCUUUGCUGCUGCUGUAAACAGGGCCACUACUUACAAAUCCCUCUUGUAAAUUUCGAGAAGGAUCC